CUGGGAGCCCUCCCGCUUCCGCUGGCUGCGCCCAGGCGGCGGCGCGUGCUUGGUUGAGGGGCGGUCGGCCCGCGGGCGCCAUGGUCUUCCUCACCACAGCGCUCUGGCUACGGAGUCGCCUCACCGACCGCUACUGGCGGGUCCAGGAGGUGCUGAGGCACGCGCGGCACUUCCGGGGGAGGAAGAAUCGGUGCUACCGGCUUGCCGUCCGGGCUGUGACGAGAGCGUUUGUGAAAUGUACGCGAGCUCGAAGGGUGAAGAGGAGGAGCAUGAGGACGCUCUGGAUUAAUCGAAUUACAGCUGCCUCCCAGGAACAUGGUCUGAAGUACCCGGCAUUCAUUGGCAAUUUAAUUAAGUGCCAAGUGGAGCUCAACAGGAAAGUGCUUGCGGAUCUAGCCAUCUACGAACCAAAGACUUUUAAAUCUUUGGCUGCUUUAGCCAAAAGGAGGCGACAGGAAGGAUUUGCUGCUGCCUUGGGGGAUGGGAAGGAGCCUGAAGGCAUAUUUUCCAGAGUGGUGCAGUACCACUGAGGGGGACGCCAAUACCACCUGCCCUUUGCAGCCGAGUGUCUUAAGAAAAGG